GAACUAGUUGGAAGAAUAGAAUCACACCUUGCCAAGAAGGUCAUGGCCUUGCAAGGGUGAUGUCCUGAGGCUGCUUCUCACCGUCCUUGGUGACUUUCACUGACUUCUGCUCUUUGGUUCUCUCCCGUCCGGUCUCCGGCCUUGCAGUCCACAGAGUUACCUAGGGUGACUGAGAACUGUUCUUUUCAUCGUGCCUUGCUGCCUGUCUUUGGGCACAUCUUCCCAUUCGCCCUAAGUUCCCAAGUGUAUCAGAAGUGGGAAAAAAAUUGCCCUAGAGAAGACAUCCCAGGAUCAACGAGACAGGAAGACCCUGCUGUGAGCACCAGCUCCCCUGAGACCGCACCAGGAACCCAGCUGCUACCCUAGCUUGUCGCAGGCUGACUCUAGCACAAGAUCUAUGGGACUCCAUAGAUGGGGACUCAGCUGCGCUCCCAGGAAGGACAUGCCCAAGAGGUUAAAUUGAGUUUCUGGGCAUAAAGAUGGCCUUGUGGAAAACCAGGACCUCUGACUCCUGAAGAAAAAAAAAGCAUGAAAAAGACUUGCUCUUACAAAGAAGUAGCCCUUGCUCCCUGCCAAGUGGUACAUCUGUCCUUUCUGACCUGGACUGAGUUUUCCUGGAGAAGCAGGGAGAAGAUGCCCUUGACCCAACUGCCUACACUGGGAAGGGAAAAACAUGUUCUUUGGAGAGAUCUGGUCUUGCCUCCACUGCUUCACAAGAGAAGUGCUGAGCCACCUGGGCAGAGUAAACCUAAAGGAGGCUCCAGAACCCCUGCCUGAUGAUUUGUGCCCUUGAAGAAGGUGUCCAGACAGAAGAUGUGAAGAUGGAGAGAGAGUGGGGAGAAGGCAGCAAAGAAGACAGCCUCUGCCGCUCAGUGUCGGCCAGGCCUCCUCUAACCUAACUGUUCGGCCCUUGCCUCAGCUUACCCAAGUGUGCAGUCCUGACAGGUUAGACGUAAACCAUUCCAGGAAGGAUGUGGAGACAGGGCAAGCUGCCAGCCUCAUGGCCCAUGUCUUAGGACUACCAUCACUGUGAAGAGACACCCUGACCACAGCAACUCUUAUAAAGGAAACAUUUAAUUGGGGCUGGCUUACAGGUUCGGGGGUUUAGUCCAUUAUUAUCGUGGUGGGAAGAUUGGCAGCAUGCAGGCAGACAUGGUGCUGUAGAAUGGGCCAAGAGUCCUACAUCUGGAUCAAUUGGCAACAGGAAGAGAGAAUGACACUGGCCCUGACUUGAGCAUUUAAAACCUUAAAGCCCACCCCCUAGUGACAUACUUCCUCCAACUGGGCCACGUCUCCUAAUAGCGCCACUCCCCAUGGAUCUAUGGGGGCCAUUUUCAUUCAAACCACCACACUCCAUGUGGCACUUUAAGAAGUCCAUGAAGAAGUUUUUGUGUCCUGGCAUAAGGAAGAAGUCAAGGCCUGAGCCAAGCCUUUAGGAGCCCUCUGCCUUGACGUAUCUUACUGGAGCUGUAAAGGGCCCAAGCAGAGUUGAGGGAGUGCAGCCAGCUGAUCCUCAUAGGCACCAGCAUUCCCGCCACUGUGACAGGGCUGCCACCACCAGGCCAUCCGAACCAUCUUCUGCAUCAUGGAGCCCUCUGGAGAGAAGCCAGGAGAGGCCGAGGUGCUGAGCAUCACUCCCCAGCUGCUCAAGUCCCGCUCCGGAGAGUUUGCCCUGGAUUCCAUCCUGCUGCUGAAACUUAGGGGCUUAGGGCUGGUGGACCUGGGUUGUCUGGGGGAGUGCCUGAACAUUGAGUGGCUUGACCUGUCAGGCAAUGCGCUCACCCACCUGGGCCCGCUGGCCUCGCUGCAUCAGCUGGCUGUGCUCAACGUCUCCAACAAUCAGCUGACAGGGCUGGAGCCACUGGCAGCCUGUGAGAACCUGCAGACCCUCAAUGCUGCUGGUAACCUGCUGGCCACUCCUGGCCAGCUUCAGUGUCUGGCUGGGCUACAGGGCCUGGAGCACCUGAGGCUCCGGGACCCUUUGGCACGGCUCAGCAAUCCGAUGUGUGGCAGCCCCUCCUACCUGGCUGCCAUCCGAGAGGUGCUGCCUAGCCUCAAAGUCAUAGAUGGAGAACGCGUGAGUGGGCAGGGCAGCGAGCUGUACCAGUUAUUCCGAGACCUGGACAGCUCCUUGCGCCCCAGCUCCAGCCCAGGCCUGGGAGCCAUCGAGGUCCAGCCGUGGGUGGAGCCCGGCUACUGGGAGUCCUGGCCCAUACGGAGCAGCUCCAUUCUGGAGGAGGCCUGCAGGCAGUUCCAAGACACACUGCAGGAAUGCCUUGACCUGGACCGCCAGGCUGGUGACACCUUGGCCCAGGCCCAGCAGGCUCUCGGCCCUGCAGAAAGCACCUCUUCCUUUGUCUUCUGAAUGUGCCUCACAGCCAGGGCAGUCUCAUUGAGGUGUUACCGCCUGCAUCCCUUCUUUCCUGCCCCGUGCCCUUGCUGCUUUUUUUUUUUCCUGGUUACUACCCUGCAAAUUAGGUUGUUCGUUUAUCGCUUUCUCGAGAGCAUCCUAGCUCCUACCCCACAUCUCCCCAAGGACAUUUCCUGCCCUCCCAUACAAGGAGAGACAUGCUUUCUGGGUGGCCUCUAGCAGGUGUAGAAGAUCCCCAUAUUAUCUGGCAAAUAUACUGUGUAGCCGGGGCCAGGGCAUGCAGAGCCUGAGCUCUCUCAGAUGCCCAGUCCGAGGCUUUGUGGGUAAGGUUACUGGCCACCCCCUAGCUCCUUCCUAUUAAAUAGCUCUCUUCUCAUUUGUAUCA